ACAUACCUUUUCAUUGCUAUUAAAAUGAUCAGAACAAUUUACUUGCUUCAAACAACAGCAAAUUUUGUUGUCAUUAAAUUUUAAAAGUUAAAAUCCAGAGAGUAAUAACAAUUUACUUAAAGAAACAAAAUAUUUUUAUGGAUUUUGUUGAUUUAGCGUUGCAUCAACUUAAAUACACCGUUGGAUAGUUGCUUGUUUUUAUAAACGAUGUAUUCGAUUAUUAUUAUGCUUGCAUGGUGUACUUUUACAGCAGCCGUUCCUAAUAAAAGAGAUUAUAACUUCAAACCACGUUUCUUGAAAGAUCGUAUAAGUAUUAGUGAACCUGAGAACACUAGUCCAGAAAAAGUUAUAAAAGACAUAAGUGAAAUUGUAAUUGACGACGAAGGUGAUAAAUUAACUUACGCACUUGAUAAUAAAGGAAAAAGCAUAUGCACAAUUGGCAGUAGUGAUGGUAAACUUAGGUUUAAAGAAAAACCUGAUAGAGAAAUUUGUUCUGAGUAUGAAUUCAAGAUUUUAGUAUCUGAUGAUUUUGAAGGUGGCAUCAAUAGAGAAACACCUCUAGACGUUUAUCUUUACAUUUUAGACGAAAAUGAUAACAAACCUAUAUUUAUCAACACCCCUUAUAUUUGUCAUGUUUUGGAGACAAUACCAAUUGGCACGGAAAUAUUCCAAGUACUUGCUUCCGACAAAGACGCUGGAAAUAAUAGAAUACUUCGUUAUGUUUUUAAAGAUAAAUCAAAUGACUACUUUUUCCUACACCCAAACAGUGGAAUUAUAACUUUGACUAAAUCACUUGAUCAUGAAACUAACAAAGUUCAUACUCUAAUUGUUGAGGCACAGGACGAAGGUUUAGAAAAACAAACGACUGAAACAACAGUAAUUGUAAAUGUCGGAGAUGUCGGAGAUAACAAACCUUAUUUUAUAUUACAGCAAUAUGAUAAAGAAAUUGAAGAAAAUUUACCAAAAGGUACAAAAGUCGCUGCUCUUGUCGCAGUUGAUGGUGAUUCAUCGUUAAAAAACAAAAUUAACUACGAGAUUAUUGCAGGGGAUGAGUAUGGCUUAUUUUUUAUUGAUAGAAACACUGGUGUAAUCACAGUUGAAGGUCAUCUUGAUCGUGAGUAUUAUUCUGAGUUCAAACUACGCGUGAAAGCUUAUGAAGUUGAAGAAAUUCACUCGUUUAAUACAAUUGACUUAAAAAUAAAACUUGUUGACUUAAAUGAUAACUUCCCGAAGUUUGAACAAAAUGAGUACAUUGUAAAUGUACAGAAGGAUCAGGCUCACCCCCAAACUAUUAUCAGCGAUAAUAUAAGGGCUGUCGAUGAAGACGCAACAAUUAAAAACAAUCAUCUGUUUUAUUGGAUCGAAGAACAGGAUGAUAAUGACAAGCUUUUUGAUGUUUUAUCAGACAGAGGAACAUUGAUGUUAAAAAAAAACUUGGAAAAUCUGAGUCGGGAUAUUUUUAAAUUUAAGAUGUAUGCUACAGAAGAUCAAUCCGACGAACAUUAUUACGCUGUUGCAAAUGUAACUGUUCGAUUAAUACGAGAUCAAAAAAUUACAAAUCAGGAAUUUCAGAAAAGUUCAUCAAAUCAUUUAUCUACUGCAUAUACAAUCUUUUUUAUAAUAUUAUUUUAUUUUUGUAUUCUUGGAUAAUGGUAUACUCUUCAAAUAUUGAGCACGACAAAGAAACGUAGUAAAAAUAUUUUUAGAUAAUGCUAGAAAAAACAUUCAGCAUUUCAAUAAACUUUACAACACUUCAUAAUAGAAAUUUUUUAAAUUUGUUUACUAUAUUGUUUUUUGCAUAUUAUUUUCCUUCCGUUCAUUUUAUAAAGUUUGCUAAAUAUUUUCGUAACAACUUUCAAUAAUGUUCAUACUUAUAAAUUAUUAACUUAUUAAGGAAUUUAUUAUUUAAAUAAUAUUUUGUAA